AUGGCUACUCUCACCCCCAGGCACCCUGUGUACUCCAGCUCAGAAAAGGUUAUUGGUGUAGAUGCGCAUUUCUGUCAGCCCCCGCCCUACACACCCAGGCCAGGACUCCGAGCUUCAAGACUGAUGAAGCUGUGGGAGGCAGAAAGUCAGCUGUCUGCCUAUGGUGUGAAGGACCCAAGGAAGCGGUUUGGGACUGCCGCCUGGCUAUCUCAGGGAAGGCUGCCCAGGGAUGUCCUGCUGAAGGCACAGUGUGUGCAGAUCUACCUGGCUUGGGAAGGGUGGAUCUCGGUGGCCUGGUACACGGGGAGGAAGAGGCUCUGGACCCUGGGAACUAGCAUCUCCCUAAGGCUUUGGCGGACAUAUGUAUUCCCAGGAAGUACAGGCUGGAUGGACUUCAUCCAACAUUUGGGAGUUUGCUGCUUUGUGGCCUUCCUUGCAGUGAGCCUCCUCUCAGCAGCCUUCUAUUGGGUCCUGCCCUCAGUCGCCGUGCUGGCCGCUGUGUGGGCCAGCACCUGUGUCUUCCUGUGCUGUUCCAAGCAUGCCCGCUGUUUCCUGCUUCUCGUCUUCCUCUCCUGCGGCCUCCGGGAAGGCAGGAACGCUUUGAUUGCGGCUGGCACAGGGAUGGUGAUCUUGGGACAUGUGGAAAAUAUGUUUUAUAACUUCAGAGGUCUCCUAGACAGUAUGACUUGCAACCUAAGGGCAAAGAGCUUUGCAAUCCAUGUUCCACUUUUGGCCAGAUAUUGUGAAGCCCUUCAGUGGAUUUAUGGCCUUGCCGCUCCGCCAAAUCUAUUUGAUGACCUCCUUUCUUGGAACCAGACUUUAGUGGUCUCCCUCUUUAGUCCCAACCGUACCUUCGAGGCUCAUAUGAAUGACACCAAGGGAGAAGUCCUGGGUGCCCUGUCCCAUAUGGUAGUCGUGACAGAGCUAUUGUCUUCCUUGGGCCAGAAGCUUCUCGCCCUGGCCGGGCUUCUCCUCAUCCUUUUCAGCACCAGCCUCUUCAUGAAGCGGUUCCUGGGCCCUUGUGGCCGGAAGUAUGAGAAUGUCUACAUCACCAGGCAAUUCGUUCAGUUUGACGAAGAGCAGAGGCACCAACAGCGGCCCUGUGUCCUCCCUCUGAAUAGGAAGGAACGGAAGAAAUACAUCAUCAUCCCGUCUGUGCGGCUGAGUCCUAAAGAGAGGAAAAACCUGGGGCUCUUUUUCCUUCCCGUCCUGACCCAUCUCUACGUGUGGGUGCUGUUCGCAGCUGUGGAUUUUCUGCUGUUCCGACUCAUUUCCUCCAUGAACAAACAUCUCCAAAGCUUGCCAGGGCUUGAGGCUCACUUGAAACUUCGUGGAGAGCUUAAAAUUCUGGUGUCAGGAGCCUUCUACCCUAGAGUGGAGAGGGAGCGAAUACGAUACCUCCAUGCAAAGCUCCUCAAGAAAAGAGCAAAGCAGCCACCGGGAGAAGCUGAACGAAAACUGAGUCUGUACUUUAAAAAGGUCCAUUUCUGGCUUCCAGUCCUGAAACUGAUUAGGAAGAGACAUACGAACACUGCAAACGAAGAUUACCCGUGA